AUGGAUGGAUUUCCCUUCCCUCCGCCUUUUGAUGGAGCCUACGGAGGUGGAUUCCCCAGCUCUUCAGCUUGGUUGGAUGCGUCCGGUGGUGAUGAAUCUUCUCCUGGAUCAUGGGAUAAAGAUGUAUAUCCACGUGGUGGUUUCAUGAGCUAUUUUAGAAAUCAUGCACAAAACUCUCAUUUAGUUGGUGCGCCUAUUUACAUUGCUGAUGCUAGUUCACCACCAGUGCUGGAAAUUUUACAACGCAAUGAUGAUGGAAAUGGCAAUGGCAAUAGCAUUCAACUGACUCUACAUGUGGAGCAGAUAAAGGGAGGUGGCCAAUAUUGGGGUGAAGUUGUUGAAUCGUACAACAAGACUACCCCACCUCUCAGAAAAAGAAAUCUGAAGCAAUGCAAGGAUAGAUGGCACAAGAUUAAUAGGUGGACGGAUCUCUUUGAGUGUGCUUAUGUAAAGGCUCGUAGAGCUUUUACAAGUGGAUAUUCUAAUCAAAUGUGGAUUGAUGCAGCACACAAGUUUUAUGUGGAUGACAAUAAAGAGGCAAAGCUAGGACCCUUUGUGCUGAUGGAGGUUUGGAAAAUAUGCCGAGAAGUGUCAAAGUGGAAAACAUACAAUGAAAACCUGAGGAAUUCACGUAAAAGGAAAUCAUUUCACUUGGAAGGAGACUCUGAGGAAGCUGAUGACACUUUUGAUGAGAUGCCAAAGCGACCAAUGGGUCAGAAGGCCGCUAAAAAGGCAUCUCUAGAUGCAAAAAUCAAGUCAAAUGGUUCAGGUGGCAGUGAUGAUGGUCACUCAAAAAAGUCUCCUAUUCAGUUAGACAAAUUUGAUAGAUAUAGUAAAUUCCAGGAGGAAAACAAUGACAAGUGCAUGAAACUAUUGGAUAGACAAGAAAAGAUAUCUUCUGAGAAGCUAGAGGCCACAAAAAUUGCCCACCUUACAGCACAAGAGUACAAAGAAGGAAAGAAGCUUGAGAAAGAGUCAAAGAUGAUGGAGACUUAUAACAGCCUCAUCUCACAAGAUACAAGUUCAAUGUCUGCUGAGGAAAAGGCGCAGCGAGUUAGUAUGACGAAGUGUCUUAUGAAAACUCUUUUCCCUGAAUCUAAUUGAACAGAUAUGUCAACUUUGCAAGUGGAGGCUACUAUCUCUAGCUAUCUAGUGAAUGCCAAAUUAUCUUGUUGUUUUCUCUAUCCUAAACCAACUUUUCCACUUUUUCUAUCCUAAACUCUGGCUAUUGGCAAGUUAUGUUUAAUCUUUCAGCAGGUUCAGUGUAUGUCUCAGCUUAUAUAAUUUUUGUUCAUGCCCGAUCCACUAAGCCUAUUUUGGUGCUUGUUCAGUGAUACACUAUACUACUGAUAUGGAGUAUAUAUAAUCUAGGGAAAAAGAUUAACAUAUACUUUGAUGAGAAUCUACAAAUGAUCAGAAAGGGGAAAUUUAGGAAAUAAAUUCAGAGCUUGAUCAUUGGAGGUAUAUACUGGGAGCUAAAUAUUGAUUUGAUUGUGGUCAUGGCUGGGAGGUAUACAUCCUGGGAGAUAUAUACAUCCUGUGAGGUCAGUUUCAGUUUCUGAAUUAAUGUGAAUGUGAUUUGUAAAUGCGAAUGCGCCCUUUAGUUUCUGUUGGAAUAUGAAUGUGCAUGCUUCAGUUUCUGUUGGAGUGCCGAGAGGACUUAUUUUCUUAUCUGAAUGUGAAUGUGCCCUUCAGUUUCUUUCUUUAAUGUGAAUGUGCAUGCUUCAGUUACGGGUAUUAUGUAUAUGU